GGCCAUAAAAGUGACGUUUGCGAUGUCAGCAAUGUGCCAGCCCGUCAGCAACGCCUACACGCGCUCUCGCAUAGGAAAAGUCGAUUAUAACCAUCGAUCCUGGGAGCAAUUAAGCAGCAACACGUUUUAUCCAACGUGCUAAUUAUUACAAUAGCAAAGCGGAAGUUAAAAUUUCAAGUGUCUUCUAUCUUAGAAUGCCAUGAGUGAUCUCAAGGUAGAUCUAUCUGUGCCUUUUCCAAGCCCCCGAGAAGCAGAGAUCGCGUAUCAAGUGCUUCGAGUUGACGACGAGCCGCCAAGAAGCGGAGUCACGAAGAAGCUUGUGUUAAAUAAUAAUAUCCUGGAAGUAUCAUUCAGUGGGAAGGAAGCACGCAAGGUACGCGUGGGACUUGGAGCCUUCUUCGACAGUCUACUACUAGUCACGGAAACCAUCCAACAAUUUGGCCCGCCUGAACCAACGUACAGUCACUAUCACGACUAAUAUAUAAUAUAAAUUUUUUUUUAUCAAUUAUAUCUCGUGGUUAAUGUUGUGCAAGAC